UAACAGUACAAAUGGAAAAAGUCAAUAUGGCGGCGAUGGAGGAUGUCGUCUGUGAAAUGCAAGUGACAAAUUAACAGUGGUAUACUCCUUCAAUAAGCCGCAUGUUUCCGAAAUGGCUAACGAGGAAAAUACAGUGACUAUCAGAUCACCCGAACCGGUCGUUAUAACUGUUGUGCGAUGCAAAAAUUUGGUGAGUUAACCAAUACAUUGUACAUGCACUUAUUCAGUUGUGUUAAACUGAGCGAGAAUGUGUAAGAUCUGCAAGUGUUCAUUAAGCCAUAGUACAUUUUGAAAUAUUACUCUUACUCUUUCCCCACCCUGUUGAGGACUUAACUCAAUAACAGGCGGAGAAUCAACCUUCCUUUGGUUCUUUUGUUUCUUAUUUUUAUGAAAGUAGCUGGAAGUCUCCUUCAUUAGCCCGGGAAAUAAAUCUCAUUCAGCUGCGUCCCUUAAAUAAUAAAAUAUAAGUCAGUCCUGUCUACCUGAUGAGUUCAGAGAUGCUACAACCUCUGGAGAUAUUAAAUUUGGAAACUCGCUCUUUAAAAGCAUUUACAUUGUAUACCCCCCUUGAAUAUCAAUGCAAUCUAAGAUUUAGGAGUUCAAAAGCCAGUGGCGGGAAAUCUCAUUGGCUUCUAGGAGAUUUCCCCUGCCACAGUCACCUUCCCAGCUGUUGGUUUCUUUUAAUUCAAUCUUAAUGUUAAACACUUUUGUUACAAUUUUACUGCUAGUUACUGUAAUUUAUUUUGUGUGGCAAAAUGAUAGUAAAAUAAAAGCAAUAACAUGACAAAGCCCCCCCACCUUGAUAAGCACAUGUACAAUUAAUUGACCCUUUGCAGAAUAUGGUUGCAUGUUACAAAAAAGAGAGUGCCAAUGGGGUUAACUGCUUAAUGUAUAAAGGCCUUUUUUCACUAUCGUAAACGUAUAAAUUACAAAAUAUUAACUGACAAACAUAUAAAAACAGGUAACUUUUUAGGCAUAUACAGAGCAAAGUAGACCCAAAAAGUUAGUGAUAAUAAUUAUUGGUUCAAACAAAUGAAGACUUUCUGAAAUAAAUAAACGACAUGGUGAGAUAGAAAGAAAGAGAUGUACAAACUUGUGCUGAUUUUGUACAUUUCACAGAAUUCACAGGGUGAUUGUCUUCAUGUGCAAUUUCAAUAGUUCAAAUUAGCACUAUGGCCAACUUUGAGACAGAGGUUUAUGAACUUUUGAAGCUUUUUGACUCGUCCAGGCGAUAAACAUGAUGAAAAGAUCAGCAAUUGCACUAGUUUAAGCUCACGAUUCUGUUGUGAGUCUCACGAUUUUUUAACUUUUCUCAUGACAAGACCCCCAAUCUCAUGGUUCUUAGUGAAAUAUCAUUCUGAAAUGAAAUGUUUCGUUGUUCAAUCAAAAUUGAAAUGUUUACUGUCGCUGAGUUGUAAUAAAAUAUUGAUUCUCCUCAUGUAAACACCAAGAAUCGCAAGCUGCAAGAGACUUCGCGACGGUUUUGCGAGACACUUGUUGGCCAUAUGUUCUUCAAAUGCGACAAAAUGAGUUACAGUAGGGCUUUAACUGUCAAAACCAUACUUGUUUUUGUUGAGUACAUCUUUCAGUUCUUCAUAAAUAAAGCUCUACGGCGGCUUCGCAAAGCGUUGACCGGCUGAACUUCAUGGGCAAAAGUGUUAAAGACAAUUCAUUUAACAAAAUUCUUCGUUAUUAGUUGUCAUGGUACAAUAGAUAAUGCACUGACCUUACACGUUGGAGGUCUGGGGUUCGACUCUUGCCAUUGGAAACUUUUUAUUUUGGCCCUUUUGUUGUUGUUGUUGUUGUUUUUUCGUGAAACAUAUUUUGUUUUUUUGACAGACUUAAAAUAUACGAGUAGACUAAUUGCAGGUUCAUUAUCAGCUUUCAUUUCUAAAAUACAGUAAUUAAUAAUCCACAAGUUAGCGUUAAGGCACCCUUUGAUUUUAUGUCCUUUUUUCCUAAUAAAUAUAAUGUUGCAGUUAUUUACAUUCUUUCUCUCUUUAAUUCACAGCGGGGUUCAAAGGGAGAUUCUUUAAAUUCUUUAGUAAGACUUGAGUUUGGAGCUAAUCUCCUAGGUGAAUCACCAAAAGUGGAAGCAAAUACUGAGACACACAACACAGAGUAUGGCUUUAGUGCCUCGUUUGAUUGCACUUUUGAUGAUGCCUCAUCAUUGGACUCUAUAUCUUAUAAACCUGUGACAGGUAGGUCUGUGCACUCAAGAUAAAGACAUACAGCUGUAUGUUCAAUUAAUUAAAUUUUAAUUAAUCGAAGGGUAGAAAGGGAAAGGGCAGAGAACACUACAUGUACAGUGUAUCUUAAAAUUAAUUUUUGUUUGUAAGCUUUGUUGAAUGCCUGAUUUUUACUUAGGUUUUGAGGUUUAGUCACAAAUAAAAUAUGAGCCCACUGGUUUAAGUUGUACAGUCUGCUGAUGAAAUCAAGCCUUCAAGUCAGUUCCCAUUUUAGUCAACAACAUCAUUGAAAGUCAGCCAUAAUAAAUAAUUAAGCAAACAUCUUCCAAAUUCAAAUUCAGGUUAACACUAGUCAACAGAGAAGUGUUUUUAAUGAAUGGUUAUGAAAGUUAUAUGUGCACAUAUUUUAAGCAAGAUUCUUUAGGUUACUUAUUAACUUAUCUUAUUUUUUGAAGUGACUGUCAUUGAAGUGCUGCCCAAAGACAAGAAAGGAAAAGAAGAGAAAACAAAUGUCUUGGGGCAGUCGUGCAUUGAUUUGCUUCCUUUGCUUCAUGGUAUGUCAGUCUACUUAAGUGUCUGUUAUCACACUGUGAUACAAUGUGUAAUAAAUUAUCCGAUAAUGAUGGUUUACAAGAGGUUAAACACUCAGGUUCUGUGCACAGCUACUAUAUACAGUUCUUUCCUGAUAAUCAAGUGAUGUGAAUUAAGGCUAAAAAAAUACACAUUAAAACUCCAUUGUAGUGUUAAAAAGAGGACUGAGAACUGUGUAGGCUCUUAGCUCUAAAACUUGGAUUUUGACUGUACUUUUGUCAUCUAGAAACUGAUGUUUGUAUAGUUUCUAUAUAGAGUGAAUUUGUGACCAAUCUCUUUGACUACAAUAUUUGUACACUAUUGAUAAGAAUGUUUCAUUUAUCUUAAAUAUUACUAGCUUCCACCAGAUUUUUGGUAAUUUUAACCAUACAAUGGCAGCCAAAACAAAAGGGAUGUCAGUUUGUUUCAUUCCGGGCUGUUGCUGAAAAAAAAUAAAAAAUAUGUAUAGCAUCACCUUUAUUAGCUUUCCACUUUGAUCACCAGUAACAUCAAGUGAGCCAGCCUUAACAGGUGUCACAGGUUAUGGCCCUUCAUGACAGCUUCAUUUUCGGCCAUGUAUUUUUAUUCUAGAAUAUGUUCAAGUCCUUAAACAUAUAUGUAGUCACUACCAGUGGGCUGUCCCUGUAAUGCAUGGUUGACAUUAACUUGGAAGUAUGUUUCAUUUCCAUCAUGUUUCCUGCCACCUUAAAGCUUGCAGUAUUACUAAUCUUUUAUUGAUGUAUGGACAGGUUGAAUUAUUAUGGUGUAGAUUUUGUUUUCUUUCAUUACUUCUUUUUCUCUAAUAUAUUGUACUUAACCCUACAAAGGAUUCUGACUAACUUAGUUUGUUGAAUUUAAUCCAAGGAGAAACAAAGUUCAGUAUUAUACAAUGUGUUCAUCCAGUUACCCCACCAGCUGAAGUUACCACAGAACACAUCCUGGUACUGUUUUCUCUUCUAUAUAUUAUGUGAUAUAUUAAUUUAGCCAAGGCUAAAUAAAGGCAUGUAGCUCCCUUUAAUAAAUAGACAUCUACUUAAAGUUUAGUCUGCGAUCAAUCCAAAACCAGUAACUUGUCAGUGGAGAACUUAAGAAAGACACGUUCCUGAGCCCACAAUUAUAUGGUCAUGCGAUACUGGUCAGUGGAUACCCUGUUUUGAUAGCAGUCAAUUAAUCACAACAUGAAUGUGUGAUAUCACGUUGCGGGCUCCCACACUAGCCACAAAAAUUGACAGUUAGUGUUGGUUUGCCCGGUGAUGCAGACAGACAGGAGGUUGGUCAGAUGUACGGUCAUGUAAUUACCAAAAUCUUUUUGGAUGGGUAGAUCACCACAUUUUCUUAGGUAUGGGGCUCAGCUCACGCAUGCAAAACAUGUCCAUGGAGCGCCGCUAUUAUAAAUGUUAAGUUUAUUUCAUGUAUGUGCUUGGUUGAGUUAAAGAGGUCAGGCAGUACUGCAUGAUCCAAAAUAAUUGAACCAAUUAAAACUGGCUCAAAGUGACAUAAUAAAUAUUAAUACCUCAGAUAAUUUUUAAGUUUUUCUUGUACAAGUAUACAUGUUAAAAAAAGGGAUGUACUUUUUCUUGAGAUGUUUUUAAGUAAUUUAACCCACCUCACAUGUACAUACUUUCCAUUUUUGCAACAUAAUUGUGCAUAAAGAUGUUGCAUUUGCCCACUGGAAAUUGUUAUUGUUUUUAGACUUAAAAGCAAAAAAUUUCAGCAGACAAUUGCAACAACUGUAAUACACAUGUGUUGCAAGUGAAUCCACCCAAGGUGAAAGGGAUCAUACCUUGCUGAAUCAAAUAAAUUAUGUAUUAUUUUCUUUUAGCCUGAAAUUGAAGUCCAGGUCUCUGUAUCACAGCCACUUCUCACAGAAACGCAGUUAAACAACAGGUUAGAACACCUUUUUAUGUACAUAGCUGAACAUUGCUCAUGUUGUGGUUUAUUUUUUUUUUAUUGGUUUAAAUUUUAUUUUUCUUCGUUUCAAACUACCAGACAUAUUUAGCACACCUUGAAACAAAGGAAAAUGAAAUUUAAAUCAAGGAUCAAAUAUUGAACCACAACAUAUGCAUUUAUUAAACAAAGAUAGAAACUUAGUCAACAAUAGUCAGGGUCGUUGGCAUUAUAAUUUAGAUUUGUUUUAAACUGGUUUGCAAGUUUUGUAAAGUUAUUUAGAUGUAUUAGACCUUGCUUGGUUAAAUGUAAUUAAAAGCAAAGUAUUAAAAUUGUUUUGUUGUUGUUAUUUUUUCAAUAUAAUUUACAGCAAUCUUUUAAGUGUUCACGCUGACAGUGCAUACUCUGUACCAGAAGCAUGGCAGAUUCAAAUGGCUCAGCAGUUUAACUACACUGCCAGUCUACCAAUACCCUUAUCCAAUGAGGUAACAUUAAGUGCAGUAUUGUGAUUUUAUAGAAGUUGGUAUGAAUAUGCUUGGACAAUAAAUAACUAAUUAGGGAUAAGUGUUGUCAUUAAGCCUUAAAUCAGAACCUCAAAAUAUGUGAUAAACAAAAUAAAAUAAUGGCGUGCCUCCUAGAUGUAUAUGCCUUUGGUAUUGAUUGGAUUUUGUUGAAUUUGUACAUGAUAUAACAGCACUAAUACACGUAAAAAGUGUACAGGUAGCCAGCAGAAAUGUGCAUGUGUACAUUAUGUUUAUUUCUGAGGUAAAGAUGUAUUUAUUUUUUACUAUAACAGAAGGAAAAUACAAUAGUCUUACCCAAUGGAACACUGCGUGCUCCUGGUGAAAAGGUGAGCUGAUUGACAACCCAAGUGGACUUCAAUUCUUUGAGAGACUGAAAAGUACAUAUUAUUGCAGACAGUUUGCUUUGUCCCUGGGGAAAGAAAGCCCUUACAUUUUAUUUAAACUCCACCCACUCAAUACAAACAUGCUGUUAAUAUGGAAUUUUUCUCUGGCCUUCUCAGGGUCCAUAUUAAGGUCCAUAUUAAGGGAUUUGACUUCACAUUACACCAAAAAUUUGUGUGUAUUUUCAUUUGACAGGAAAUUUCAAAUCAGCGUAAAUGGUCUGCUGCCCCAAGUGCCUCUGGGUCAUGUCUGUUCAUAGCUGACAGGUAUCAAAGAAUAUCAUUACGAGUUAUAAGGGACUUGUCAGAAAUUAGCAGAGGUGGGGGGGGGGAUUAUAAAUUUGGGUUCAGAAAUGAGGUGAUCCAUCCCUGCAAUGGGAGUGAAAUUUGUUAACCCUCCCCUUGAGCUUGGCCUGAAAUAUCAUGACCCUCCCCCUCUUGUAUAAAUGAUAAAAUCUAGUUCUUGCAAUACACUAGGGUGAGUCAGUAUUAUGAAAACUCAAAUAUAUUUUUAUCUGUUCUUUGUAAUGCUAUAUACAUGCAUUUUAGAUGACAGCAUUAAGAGUCUGACUCUGAUUCUGACAGCUGAUUACUUGACUCUCCUAUUUCUCCCAGGUUUUUUUUUUACCAAAUAAAGAACUUCCUUUUUCUUCUUUGGGUGAACCUCUACAUGAUCACGGGCAUAUAUUUGCAUGACCCUCCCCCUUUUAACGGUCCAUUUUUCAUGACCCCUCCCUUCUCUGAGUCUCAAAAAGUUGUGACCCUCCCUCUGUCCCCCCCCCUGCUAAUUUCUGACAAAUCUCUAAGAUAGGUAGGGCAAUGGCACCGUUUGCAAAACUGUGAUGGCAGGUUAGAGUGUUAAACAGAGUGGGUUUUAUUUUGGGACUCAACGGGUUUUUAAUGAAAUAAAAAAAGUUGUAAACAAGUUCUUUCAUGGUCAUCCAGUUCCUUGUGGAUGUUCAAGACAUAAAUCUUGUGAUUGUACAGGUGUAUAAUAAUGAUCAAAAUGACAUAACUGUUAUGUCAUUUUGAUAAAAAAUUUUAUACAUACAUUGUUUUAAUUUACUACUUGAAAAAACACUGGGAGGCACAGCCUAGGCUGCCCUGCCGACAGUUGUUUCCUCUGCAUGGGUACAUGGAGUAUGUGCCCUCCUGAUCUGCUGUUCAGUAGCAAAAAUAUACUUAAGUCACUUUGUUUAAGUUUUAUAUGGAACUCUUGUUUUCCUUUGCAACAGUAUUAUUGAAGAAGUGCCUUUUGAAGACGAAGACGGUGAUCUUAGGGACAAAGAAGAUGUUGCAUUCCGACAUGAAGCUGUUAAUGAAAAGAAUCAUGUAACCUGGAAUGCAGAAAGACGCUGCUUUUUAAGUGCUGAGGCUGCUGAAAGGUGAAAUCUCAAGUUCCAUUGUUCUAUAGAGCCAUUUUAUUAAGGAUAUGGAAGAAGACUGUAAGGUCAUGUGGGUAGCUGUAAAUUCUUUCUAAUUUUGCCAUAACUUUGUGGUUUUCAGCAUGGUAUAGAAUGUGAUAAGGUUUAGGGUUAGGUUUUCCUGAAAAUUUCCUGAUAUUAGACAAUUUAUUGUUAGGAAAAUUAUACACCGGUACAUGUACUACAGUACUGAGCCCAGACUCCUAAUCAGCAGUAUCUGUUUUGGGCUUAUUAAAAUUUUUCUCUAAAAACAAAGGAAAAAUAGUUUGUUAACUUUGAGGCUCCUUUGUAGUCUGCAGAACAAAAUUGCUCAAAAUCGAUUCUGGCCUGUGGAGAUAAUGAGAACUCCGGUUCAACAAGUGACCAAAGCAAAAGGAAAGCAGGCAUCUUUAGAGGAGGACAUCCCCAUAUCAUACCAUGGAGUAGCUUAUGUCAACAUGGCACCAUUACUUUAUCCUGGCGUGAAAAGGUUUGUGACUGUAGAUCGCUCGCAUACAAGAUUAUUGCACAUGUAUAAGAACUUAUCCUUGUUGGCUUAAAUGUUUUAACCCCUAGUAUUAAAAAAGCCAUGUUGCCUUUUUUUUAGAAUCAGAGGUGCCUAUCUUGUGAGGCCAUUUAUUGAAAAUGAGGUUUAUGAGAAAACCAAACGUAAAGGAGCUCUAGCAGAGGAGGCUGCCAGAGUGGCUAGUGGAAUGAGCCGUACCCUUGCCUCAGCUAUGGCCCAAAAGCCGACCCCUGCUCUUACCAAACAGGGAAAGGCAGAUGCUAAAACAAAGGUAUCAAGUCAAGUACCUAUAGUUUUCUUUUGCUAUAUAUAAUGCAGAAGGACUGUUAAACUUUGCUUGUUCCUUUGGGGAGAAGCUAGCCUGUGAACAGACGUUGUUUUAUUUUUCUUUUCGUUCUUUUCAAAAACAUUGGUGAGCUCGCAAGAACGAGCAUGGAGUAUAAAUCUCCCAUGGUUUAUAUUUUACCAUGCGCGCUCAACGAACUUUGGAGAGAAAAUAGAGGGUCUGUGAACCGGCUAGUGAGAAGCCUCUUAUCUCACUAGAGGAUUGAAGUGUUGCAAAUUGACACUGUGAGUGAGCUGCAGUUAGAGAAAAGCCUCUUGCUCCAAGUUUUUUUUGUUGACUGCAAGAAAGUCAUUUCUGACAGUUAAGUGGACAGUGGCCCCUGCACCGACACUGCGGUCAGGAGUCUUUUAAUGUGUCCUACUUUGGUAAAGUUUAUUAAAAUGAGGUCAGCUUAGUUCUUUUAUAUCUGUGCUUUACUUUUGUAAGAGUUGAGCAGACUAGGGUGAUGAGUAGUAUUGUUGCUAUCAGCCAUCAGGUGCAGGUUUAAAGCCAGCAGACACAUCAACGGAAGGAGAAACAAAUGAAGCUAAGAAUCUGGAGGGACAGGUACUUCAGGCCAACAAUUUUUUAUUUUUUUUCUCAGUUUUGCUAUUGGUUACGCACAUAUUAUAUAAUAAAUUAAAUUAAUUAUAAUAAUAAAUAAUUAAUUAAAUUUUUUAUAGUGUUCCUACAGCUAAGGGUCAGUUAUCUUUUUAAGCUCUACUGUAUGUACUCUCACAGCACAAUCCUUUAUAUUGUUUUUUGAUGUACAUUUGUAGCAAUACCUGGAAGCUCGAACAUUCAUCACAUUGGAAUUUACUUUGGACAAACCACUGGUACCUAAAAGACCACCUUCGUCACUGGCAAGAAAGUAUGUAACCAUUCUAAAUAUAUUUAAUCCUUUGCUUGAAACAUUUUUUGUUACUACUGAAACAUCUGUUGUUGUUACUUGUGUGGUAGCAUGACUGUUAACGCAGUGUCCAUGCAAAUUUCAAGAAUAGUUAUUGUAUAAUUUGGUAAAGAUGAUAUUUUAUCUUUUUUGGCUUUUUUAGAGUGGCAGAGUAUAUUCCGCCAAGACCUGUAUUUGCUCGCAAAACAGGAGGCUCCAAGAAGGUAAAAAUGUUGUCUCCUGUUUCCAAUUUGAGUAUCAAAAAGACUGAAAAACAGCCCUUAUUUUGUGUAGGACAAGAGGGGGCUCGCCUGCUUCACGCGAGAAGCUCUUGUCGAUGCUCCGUGGUGCCUUGAAAAACCAAUUUUGAGAAAAAAACCGGACUGUUUUGCAGUCUAAUUAGAUGGCUAAGUCAGUAUUAAUUAACUUUCAACUAAGCUUUCCAAAUGUUUUUUUUUUUAGGCUGUGGAAGAUUUUCAAACUCAGCUGACCAUAGUCGCCAAUUCCUUAUUGGAGGAAUUCAGGUUUGUGACUGAUGAUCACGUUUGUGGCAGUCGUAAACUACGAUUAGUCUCUCCUUUUUCUUGGUCCGUCGAGCAAAAUGCGCGAGAGACACAAAUAAGCACGCGUGUGACUGAAGGCGCCGUCGUUUCUCGGGUGCCGCUUGACGCUCAGAUCGCGCGCGCGUACACUCCCCCUCACUAAAUCUGAAAAGAGAGACUACUCACAGUCUAUGGCAGUCGAGGCAAGCUUUGCUUUUAGUUGUUAGGUUUUUCUUUACAUUUGAAGAAUUUUCGAGGAUUUUGAGUCAGGUCACUAAGCGGUAACCUACUGACACAUUUUUCAGGUAAGAUCCCUAAGAACUACUUUAUUAUAGCUGUACUUCCAAUUUCAACUGUCAGUCUGCUUGGCUUCCAAGUGCACAGAUAAACUUUUAUUAUCAUAAAAUUAUUGAGAAGCUGCCGAACCAGUCCUUCUAUUCGCUCUGACGUCAGUUUCUCAGUUCCCUAGUAUUGGUCAAUCUACCUCAUCAAAUCCCCCACAGGCGUAACACUACAGUUUCUGAAAAAAACUUUUCCCUUUAAAGUAAGUGCAACAAUUCUAAUAUUACGCCAUUUUCGUCUCGUUUGUUGUGAACUUUUAGGCAAAUGUACGGUGACGAUUUAAUGAAGGGAAAUCUGCCACAGUCAAAUGAUGCCAUGGACCAAAGGUGUUGUAAAAAACAAAUUCAAUUUGUUAAGAGUUCACUCCUUCGAAAAGAAACCUUGCUAGUGAAGAAAUGGGACAGAUUGUCAUAAUAAGGCGUUAUAGAAUGAAAUCUUUAUAACAUCAUACCAAUGGAGAGGUUAGGUUAAACAGCGUUUAUUUCCUAUUGGGCCCAAAUUCUAAACAGGGCGCUUUCUGAUUGUACAUGUACAAUUACACGUGCUGUGCUGGGAAAAAUAUGAAAGCUAUUUUAACUUACUGUGAAGGCGGCCUACAUUUCCCUUUCUUCUGCCAUUAAUGUAGCUACUGCAACCUUUAUAUGUUUUUUUUUGUCUGUGACAGGAGGCAAAAGUUUCUGUACGACCUGAAUACAUCUGGGAAGUACUUUGCAUUUAAGGAGCAGCUUAAGGUAUUAAAUCAAAUAGUCUACAUACAGUUUUAGUGAAGGGCGAAUUAUAUGGAAAACAAGGUGUAAUGAAAGGAGUACAACUACCCUGUCUCAAACUUGAACUACAGGCGUGGUGGGUACCGAAGAUUUGUGGGUGGAGUUUUUCCUUUUCAAACGUUUACGAUCAUGCUGUCUUGUUGCAAUUAAACUGCAACUGGAGGCAAACGUGUUUGUAGCAACAGAGUAAAGAUAUAACACAAAACUGAUACAACGAGAACAAACUGUGCGGAAUAAGUAAAUUAAGUGUGUGUGAGCUUGCCUUUCCAGACUAUUAAUACUGCUUUAUGGGCUUUCAUCCGCAGAACAGUGUGAUUAAGAUUGUCCGUGAAAAGUACUUGAACACAACAGCAUUUGCGGAUAAGGAGAAACUUCAGGCAUUUUUAAGCGAGUUAUAUGUUUUUCUAAUUGACCAGAUGCACGUUGCCUUAAACAAGGUGAGUUGAUUUGUUAGAUACAUCAUACAUGUCCCAUUCUGAAAGGCCCAAAAUUAAUUACCCCCCCCCCCCAGUUCCCACUCUGAUAUUAAUUGUAAUAUCGAUGACGAGAUACUGUUUGCGUUAGUCAUGUUACUGAGUCAAAUCGACAAAAUAGUUGGUUAACCAGUAAAUGUCGUCAGGUUUUUAAUACGUACCUCUUCCAACUCCCUAUCUGCUUGUAUUUUGUCGGUGUCUCUUCUCCCUAGAGCGCUGUUUGCAAGCCCAGAGUUGUUGAAAUGGCUGGAAUUUGCCACAGUCAGUUCCAACAGCAAGAAAUAUUUAUGUGUUUUGAAUACUAGAAAACAAAGUAUGAAAAUUUUGUUAGUACUUAGCCUUUUGGAAGCUAUGCCCCUUUCCUCCCUUCUAAAUUACCCCUAGUCCAGAAGCAUCAGCCCCAUGGCUCCCCCCUUCCCCAAAGUCAUGAAAAACUCCAAGCUAAAGCUAGCUGAAAAGCAAGAAAUUUUUAUUUGGUUCUGAUCCGUAUUUUUAUUGUUUUUCUGUUUUUGUGUUUAGUUUUUGACUGCAGAGGACACCCCAGAGGAGCCAGCACCCGUGACAGACUCUGCAACACUCAAACACUUCGCUAGAGAGGCCGAGGUACUGACACGUGACGUCUGUACAUCGUAUAAACAAUUAAACAACCCUAUUUAAGUCCAUGUUGUCCUAUUUUGCCUUCUUUCGCUUAGUCGCGCGACAAAGAAAUAGAUUGUACACUUUUUAAAAAGUUUCCUCUGUAGUAGACGAAGCCUUUUCUCUUAAAGGUGAAACUGCGCUCUGUUAUCUUUACUACAUUUCCCGGCGUUGAAUUUUCUCACUUUUAGGCGUUGUUCUACCCACUUGCACGUUUGGCGGCAGCUUGUUGUUUUUUUCGUUUUAAAGUUGUGAUUUCAAGAAUGGAAAUUAUUAGUUUCCAUUUAAUUGUUAGUAGCAUUAUUUUGCGUCUUGACUACACGUUUCAUAUAACGUUAGAACUUUGCUUGUGCUUUUUUGACCCGUAAAUUUACCUUUUGGGCUUUUUUGUCAUGUGUAUCCCCAACAUCGUAGUUGUAUUCAGCAGUGUGGUCCAUUAUUCUUAGUUAUUGUUCAGUCGUGUUUAUACAAAAAGUAAAAGAUCGGUAUACAAUAAUAAACUGAUCCUCAUCAUACGUGUAUUCUCUGUUUGAUAUUUUUAGGUGAACCAAAAUUUCGAGCUCGCUGCCAAGUACUACCAAGAGGUACUCUUUGCAAUCCCUUUCUUUCUUGUAAAUUUACACCAGAGCGUGCUUUGGGCGUCUGUUGUUUGAGUAAAAUAUAGCGCCAUCUUCUAUUCACCUCCCAGAAGAGGGAAAUACAUCAAUAGCUUUUAGAGUGACGGGUGCGUGCCAAGAAAGUAAACUUCUGCACAUUGGCCGUUGGAGAGGUUGUCAGUCUUAUAUUUCACAUACGUUAUGUAUAUUCAUGACGUCAGCUUACUGUUGGCUUGAACUCAAACAAAAUAGCGGGCGUCCACCAGGUCACGUGGACUAGGAAUUACUAACAGGGUUUUUUUUUUAUAAAAGCGGCUGUCCCGUAACAAGAACGAUCCAGAUCACUGGUUUGAUUACGGAGCCUUUUGCUUACUUAUUGGAGACUUUGGAAAGGUAAGCAGAGAAGAAUAUCAUAAAACCUUUCAGUACAUCUAAGGCGCCUUUACAAAGAAUUCCCGCUUGUCGGAGAGAAACUUUGAUAAAUUACUUGAUUUUUCGUUUUUUUCCACUCUGACAGAUUAUUAUUUGCAGAAGCACGCUUAUUGACCAGGAGACCUUAUGAGAUUCAAUUCAUUCCAAUUCUUUAUUUCACACUAUAUAAGAUAUUUAUAUAAGUGUACGUAGGUAGGAAAAUAAAGUAGCUGACAAAGAAUAAUUAACUAAAAGACAUUAAGUUCAUUUGUAUACAGUGUCCAAAGUAGCAAGAGCUUUCUUGUUGGACACCGUCAUGUUGAAAUAAUCGGCAGCAGUAGAUGAUCUAAAAUGCUGGUUUCUUAGAGUGCUUAAUCAGGAUUUACUGUUAUUGGCUUUUUUAUUUUGUUAUUCGUGGGUUUGGUUUGAAGUAGAUAGGACCGCAUGUACAAGUAUGGAAAAGGAUUAGGAUGUACAGUGAACAAUAAAACUAUGUAGAAAUUAGGUUUCAAUUGCGUUGUUUGUUGUUUUAAGGCGGAAGAAUGUUUUAAAGAGACAAUAGCAAUUGCUCAGAAACAUCUACCAGGGUAAGUUUAAGAAAGUUAUUAAGGUAAAUAACCCUUCUCCUUCUGGUUGUUAACAUCAGUCCAUUCAUUUUCAUCGCGUAUUCUCGAUGUCGUUUCUUAAGUGUCGCUGCAAUAACUCUUGCUCAUGUUUACACGGCAUAGUAUUCAGCAAAAAUGAAUUCCUUUAGAACCUGGCAGCAGUGUUGAAAAGAAUACCCAUGCACAAGAAGAACAAAUGUGAAGAACUUGGCGGAGAAUUUGCUCGUCUGACGAAAACAUCAGUAAAACCGCCCAAAUAUAGAGAAAUGGGUUCAGGAAAGACUGAUUUCUGGGAUAACGUAAACUUGCACAAGGAAAAUUGAAUACCUGUAUUUGUUAAACGGAGAUUUCCUUUAGUGGUCAUUUCCUUUGUUUUAUCAGGAGUUGCGGAAUGUGUCUUUACCAAUCAUACCACAUACCGUUUUCAUCUAAUUGGCUGUGUCUUGGCGACAGAGUUGCAAAUCUAAUGUUCAUACAUUGUUAGAUUCAGUUGUGUACAUAAUUGUUUGGUUGGUUGUCUGAUUACCAGUCUUUUGAUGUACGGCUGCAUGGCCCUGAUGAAUGAGAGAUAUGAAGAAGCUGAGACUUUCUUCGAAGUUGCCACAUGCGCUGAGAGCAAGAGUGUUAUAGCGUGGACUAUGUUGGGUAAGAUUCUAAGUUCACAGCUGGGCUGUGCCUGUGUGUUGUAUUAGUCAUUUAUUUGUAUUGUUGUUUGUUAAAAAAAGAGAAAAAUGUGUUGAACCUUGAAGAUGAAGCAUUUUUUACUUUCAAAAGUUGAAAAAUUCAUUUGAAAGUAUAACAUUCUCUCUCUAUCUCUCUCUCCUUUUGACAAUUGUAAAUAUCUGUGAGCGGAAGUAAAUUUUAAGAGGGAGUAGGUGGGGCAAUAUUUCCUGAAGGGGAGCGGUCGGACAAUCUUUUGACACAAAAUAUCAUCGGCUUGUGUUAGUCUCAACUAAUAGCCUUGAAGCUAGUUCCAGUUUAAAUCCGAGAAAACGAAACUACUCCUGUGCGACGCGCUCAAGUUUUGGACAUUCUGCGACGUACAAAAGAACGCCAGUUACUGGGUAAAUUACUGGUUAAGAUUGGUUGAUUCUAUACUUAAACCUUGAACAUUGGAUCGAGAACAAGAAAUUGUUAAUUUUAGUUGUGAUUUGAGAAAUGAGUGAAACUUUAAUAAGUGCGCAUCUUGCAGUUGUUUUUUUGUUACCUCUCAAGCAACAGCUGCAAUUAAUCGCGCAAACCGUUUUUCUUGUAGGAUUGUAUUACGAUAGCAUACAAAACGACAUUGGAGCCGAGCGUGCUUUUCUUGAGGCCAACCGCUUGAAUGUAGCAACGCCAUCUUCACUUGAGCUUGCAGAACCUGUUGACGUGGUAGCUGAGGUUGAGGGUGACGCUUCGGAACCUGGGAUCGAGGAACCUGUUGGUGAAGGUCCUCCCUGGACAGGUGCAUCUGACGCCACUAGAAUGCCGGAAGUACAUGGUAAUUGUCAUUGUUGUUAACUGGAGUGCGAUUGCAGUCGUUGGAUUUCCUGCGCUUAGGUUACGUUUUGUUUCUCUAAGAUAGCAGAGUGAGAGAAGUACGCCGUGUGCAUGAAAGUCGCCACCUACUUCCCUCCGUGUAUCAUCUUUCGUUGCGGAAGGAAAUCUUGUAUGGUUAUUAUGUCUUGCUUUCAUUUGAAUAGUUGGGGAGCCACCAAGGCAAGAGACUGUACCAGGUACAGGGGAUGCCUCCACGGAGCCCUUUGCAGCCCUCCCUCCAUCAGUUGUGAUUAGUUCAGCCACCCCCGUGACAAAGCCUGGAUCUAAACCUCCGACCCAGUCUUCCACUCAUGUAGCUUCUAAGCAGAGUUCACGACUUCCAAGUGCUAAUAGCUCUCACCGCCAAUCCCCAAUUCAGGAGCCUCAACAUGCGGUACCACCAAAGGAAAAGCCAGCGGAGGUCAAACCAUAUACCAGUAUUUUCUUGCAAACGGCGAAUUUCUUACUGGAAGUAAACGCUCUGCAGGUAAUGAGGUUACUUUCUAUUUAGCAAAGCCUGAAAGCGGAGCUCCUGUAUAACAUUAACUAUUUACUUAAACUUGAAGCCAUUGUGAUCGAAUUAAAUACUCCUGACACACCAAAGAAAACUUGAAUCUUCGAUCCAGUGAAAAAUUAUUAGGUCUUCAGUCUUUUCUUGAAAGGCUGUUAAUUGACUUUGAUACCCUUUGUAUACGAACAAAAGAAGGGCUUUCUCGUUUCAAUAGGACCGUCACGUGGCAAUAAAAGUAACUUUCUUGUGAUACAUCUUGUUAUUGUGUGUGAUAUUUCCUUGAGUAGAGACUUGAAACGAAAAUGACGCAGUAACCACCAUUAUGACAAGUACGUUUAUGUUAUAGUCAAAGGACUUAUUGCAAACUUGCAUGGAUACUUGAAUAGCCACUUUAGAGCGGUUUUCACUUGACUGUCGAAAGUAAUUGAGGAAUUGGUUUGGUUUUGGUUUUACUACGCCCUUUGGUUGGCUAGUGUAUUUACUUUGGUUUUGGUUUUACGACAGUCAAGUGAAAACCGCUCUAAGUAUGGUGAAGGAGGGUUUAACUAAGUACUCAUGAUUAUGUUUGUUCCUGGUACUAGUUAACUGACGCGGCCUUGGCACACGAGCUGGUUUCAGCUAAUGGAGAGCCUGGAGCUGAUUACUUUGUUUUACUGGGAAGACUUAAGAUUCAACAGAAAUCCUUCAUAGAAGCUGAAGAAAAUCUGAAACAGGCCAUUGUUCUAAAACACGAGGUUGGAAUGUUCAAUUCCUCUGUUCUCUUUUCCUGAAAUACUUUUUGUUGUUAGUAAAUAGUGAUGAAAAAUCUACACGGCGAGUACCAUAUACUGAAUGAUUACUAUUUACAGCUGUCUUGUCAAAGGUCUGCAUGUAAGACCAACUGUGCAGAAUGAGCAGCUUUAUCAAGGCGUGACCAAAAAAUAAGUCUCUAAUGUAUGUGUAUUUACGGUUGAACAGAAUCCAGACGCGUGGGGUUUGAUGGGACAUCUUUAUUUCCUGACAAGCAGAACCGAGGAAGCAGGAGACUGCUACCAGAGAACGCUGGACUACACAACUGAAGCUUCUGAUAUGCAUGCCAUCUAUCUGAGAUUGGCUUCCAUUUAUCUGGAAAAGGGAGAAGUGAGUGAUUUGGAAUGUUUACUUUGUAGGAUAACUUAAUUCAGAUGUGGCUGUCAUCAGAACCAUUUGUGGGAAGUUGAAAGAAAGGUUGUCUUAGUCAUAGUCUUUUAGUGAAAGUCAAAUGAGACGAGCGAGAAGAAAUUAUAUGUAGGUUAGUGUCCAAUGCUUUACUCGCGGAAGUGAACCCAGUAGAAACACCAAAGAAACCCCUUAUAUAUGGCUACUGACAGCCUUGACUUCAAAUUGUUUGUGUUGUCUUAAGUAAAGUCAGGAAAGGGGAAGAUAGAGGUACACCCCCUACUACGAUACGUGAAUGCCGGGAUCUCAGAUCUAUUCCAAGAGAUGCCAACCAGUCUUAAAGUGUCUUGUUUUUUUUUCAGUUUGAGAAAGCGAAGACGACAUUCCUAAAGGCCUGUGUUCGCUCCCCAUCCUGUGUCUCGUGGCUGGGAGUAGGAAUUGCUUGUUACAGAGUGAGUAAUAAUACAACUGUCAAGAACUAAGUCUACAGAAUUUAUGCCCUCGGACGGACUGGGCUUAAAAGCUAAGUAAUCCACCUGCAAUAUUUACGUAAAUUUUCUUUCCACUUACAAACUGACUACUUUAUACAUCAUAUUUUUAUUUAUUUCGGGAACAACUGCCUUUUGAAUAACUAAAUUUGUUUGUCCCUUUACUUGAGCGCUGUAGCUAUUUGAUUGUUUGUGAUCUGAACGUACUUCUUGGUUAAGUUGAAGAAGGUGUUUUGUUGAUCAUUCACGUAAUCAUUAACCCCUGAUGCCUACCUUGUUCUUUUGAAGCUGGGAGAUUUAGCUGAGGCUGAGGAUGCUUUAUCUGAGGCAAAUAUAUUGAACAACAAAGACGCUGAAGUAUGGUCUUACUUGUCACUGGUCUGCUUAGAGGUGAGUGUUGAUUAUCAAAUCGCUAGGGCUGUCAGACCGCUGAGAGAACAGGCCAGGAAAGCCGGGGGAAGGAAAGGGGUUGUAAAGGAGGGAUGGGUUCUUAUACAGCCAGCUGAUUGACAGCUUUCAAUUUCAAUUCGCCACUGUAUGAACUACAGGGAGAUUGGGUAAGGCUUUAUAGGACCUUUUGGGUGGACACAAUCAGCCAAGAUUGCUUCGUAUUUACCCUUAGAUAUCUCUCGACCAAUCGCAAGUAACUUGUGCGAACAACGCUGUUUUUUACUCUACUUUACUUGUCUGUUUAUAUUUUAUCACCCGAUUAAUCGCUCACAAUCGUCGUUUUUCACUAAGGGAUAAUCGUAGAGCUUACACACAAACCAUAAUGAUCAUGUUACUCAUCUUUUCAUUUAGACUGGUCGACAACUGGAAGCUGAACAGUCUUAUAAAUACGCUCUAAAGGUGAGAAAUGAAGAACUGCGUUAGCUUAUUUCGUGUUGAUUAUUGUAGUGAAACCUGCCACACAAGUGCGUAAGACUUAUGAGGCGCUAUAUAUAAGCGUUGCGUGGAAGAGAGGUCAAAACCAACCCGUUCUUAUCUGCACCCUAAGUUAUCCAUGCGCACGAAGAAGUGAGCCUACUGGCAGGCUACGCCUCAUGAUAACUACUGUGUUCAUUACGGAAAGUACUCAGCAAAAUGCUGACCUAUAAUUCUUAUUUAGUAAGAAUAGUAGGUCAGCAGCUAAUUUUUGUUUAACAACUGAUAUUGUGUAACGUAUUGUUUCAGCUAAAUUUACAAGAUGAAAAGCUGCUUGCCGAGAUACAUCAAACUCAGCAAAGAGUGGGAUUCGGAAAUCCUAUGGUGGCAUGA